CGAAUUAAACCGGACUUUAUCAGAGAAAAAUAAUAAGAUGACCUUUUCAAGCCAGCGCUGAGACCUCCAGCAGACAUGAAGAAGUGUGUGUGUGUGUGGGCGUGUGUCUUUAAACUGUGUUUGUGAAUGUGUCUGAAAAUAUGAAUGCAUGUUAGAGGUGAAGUAGUGUGAGUGUGAGUGUGAGUGUGAGCGGGGGUGUGGUGGUGUUCACCAUGUCUCAGGAAGAAGUGAUAAACUGCACCAUCAGUCAUGAGAUCCACCAGUACCUCUUUUCCUGUGUGUACAUCAUCGUGCUGUUGAUUGGCGUCCCCUCAAACCUGUACUCUCUGUACCAUGCUGCCGUGCAGCUGAAGCAGAAGAACGAGCUGGGAGUUUAUUUAAUGAACCUCACUGUGUCUGAUCUGUUGUACCUGGCGUCAUUACCGCUGUGGCUGCAGUACAUCUUCCAGGAUGAUAACUGGUCUCACAGGGAGUGGUUGUGUCAGCUGUGUGGCUUCCUGCUCUACGAGAACAUUUACAUUAGCAUCGGUUUUCUCUGCUGCAUCAGUCUGGAUCGCUACCUGGCCGUCGUCCAUCCUUUAAGGUUCACGUCUCUGCGCUCCAUGCGAGCAGCGUGGAUCGUCAGCGCUAUCAUCUGGCUGAAAGAGAUCGCUGUGGGCGUUGUUUUCUUCAGACAUAAAGAACUGAGCCAAAACCCCAAGAACCAAUCAGUGUGCUUCGAGCAUUACCCCAUGAAGCCGUGGGAGUAUCCCAUCAACUAUUACCGCUUCACUAUCGGCUUCAUGUUCCCGCUGGCCAUCCUAUCGGUCAGUUACCUGUGCGUCCUGCGUGCUGUGGGUCGGAGCGCUGGGACUCAGCCAGAUCAGAAGACGAGGGUCAGACAGCUGGUCAGCAGCACCAUCCUUAUCUUCCUCGUCUGCUUCUCCCCCUACCACAUCUUUUUGUUAGUGCGCACCCUGCUGGAGCGAGACUGCAUCUUCAUCGCAGGAAUAUUUAACUACUACCACCUGUCGUUGUUGCUCACCACCUUGAACUGCGUGGCUGACCCCGCUCUUUACUGCUUCGUAAGCGAGAGUGCCCGCCGCGGCGUGUACAGAGCGAUAUUCAGGCCCAUUGCCAAGGUGUUAUGUUGCUGCUUUCGUCGCGGCAAUGCCAGCCCCAGCAACCCCACCACGGAUUCCCACGAGGUCGCCACGGACGAAAACAACGGACAUCCGACGGUGACGCUGCUCCAACACACCACCACGCUAAACAACUCAAAAACAGACACUUCGGGGAAAGAAAGUGUUUUAAUCACGCAGACUGAGGAGAAAACUUUGAAACCUUUAAUUAUAGAGAACAGAGACUUUGAAAAAUGUGUGGACACUGAUGGGAAGCCCAGCUGUGUGAUUGCAAUGGAGGAGCUGAGUGAAAACAAAGUGGGGGCUGAAGAAAACAACAAGCUCAACGGCUUGAACUGAAGGUGGAGAAUGCAAAAGGGAUCAACCACAAGUACUGUACAUACCUGUCUGGAUCAGGAGGAUACCCAUGAGUCUGCUGUUAUUGCAGUGUUGUUAACGGCAUCAUAAUCGUGUG